AUGUCCGCGGCCCCGCCGGGGCAGGAGUGCUGCCCGCACUGCCGCAAGCCCUUCAAGCGGCUCCGCUCACACCUCCCGCACUGCAAGGCCGCGCCGAACGGGACCACGGACCGAGCCGCUAAGAGCGGCAAGAGCCCGCCGAGCCCCGGUGAAGGGAAGGGGCUGCCCGGCAAGGGGAAGAAGAAGGCGGCGGCGGCGGCAGAGCGUUGCGGAGGGCCCGUCCCCGGCGCGGUGCGGGAGGUGGCCAGGGCGCUGGAUUUGCCCCCCGAGGAGGUGAAGGACGUGCCCCGAGCGCUGAGGAACGGCGCGGAAAUCGUGAUCGAGAAGCACCGCGCCCGCCUGGUGCGGGGCAAGAGCGGGGCCGGCGGCAGGGGAGCCCCCUGCGGCCCGCGGGAGGCAGUGACCGGUGCCCGGGGGACGGAGACGGAGGGGCCUGGAGCUGCGGGGAAGGAGCCUGCGAGCUCAGAGCGGGGAAAGGGCCGCUUAAAGGCAACGGAACCGCCCGUACUUGGAGCUGCCCCCGGGGCCAGCGGCAGCAGCGGCGCCGGUGACCUUGUGCUGCAGGCGGGAACGGGCAAAAGCGGGGUGGAAGAGAAGCGGGGGCACCCGGAGGCUGCUGUGGGGCACAAAGCCCCUGUUCCUGCUCUGCACAGCAAGAACCUCCAUCUGUCCGUGACGGAAGCUCCCGGAGGUCAGAGCGAAGGGACAUCCAAAACUUACCUAAGCAGCACACAGGAGCUUAGUGAGAGCGCGCAGCAGAUGGUGUCUGAGCCCAUCCUGAGCGCAAGGAGGGAUGCUGAGCUGGCCCUGCACCAGCCCGUGCUCCGCGCUUCCCAAAGCCAUCCCAUCUGCUUGCCCCGGGCUCCUGGCAGGAGCACGCAGGCAGGGGCCCUGGGCUUGGAGUGGUUUCCAGACUUACAUCCUAAUUAUGAUGGGCUGAGGAUUUUUCCAGGGAAGCCUUUCCAUGGGGAUGUGGGGAUCGCAAUGAAGACACCAAUGGGCAGUUUCUCCGAGGGGCAGCAAGGUCCGCUCCUGGAAGGGCGGCUGAUGGACGUGAGGCUGGGGGAGCUGCCCCUGUGGGUGACGACCAGAGACUUCUCCCCUCGGGCGCUGCUUGGAGGAGCACAGAGAGCCUGGAACAGCUACUACAACAAAUACAUCAAUGUGAAGAAGGGUGGACCAGCCGGAGUCUCCAUGCUGCUGGCUGGGUACUGCCUCCUCAGCUAUGCCUGGAACUAUCAGCACAUCAAGCGUUAUCGCUGGCGUAAAUACCACUGAAGCAGCUGGAACAGCACCCAAGGAACGGUCAGGAAUCUCUGCUGGGAGCCAGCAGAAGAGCUCAGAACCAGUGUGCCAGCAGGGACUCAAAUCAGCAGAGGUCAGAGUUGGGUUCUUCCAUUGCAGAGGGGCUGCUUUGCAGUUACCUCCUUGUAGGCAGAGGGAGGACGCUGACAGCCUGCAGUCACUGCUCUGAGGCUCAGGCAGCUUUUAGUACUGAAAGAAGAAAGCAGCAGAGCCACCCUGGGCAGUCAGGGUGCAGCAGAGCUCCUGUAGUCUGCAAAAGCCUAAAUCUUGCUUUGGGACACCAGGCACAGGACAAUUCCUGCACUGCUGCUAUAGAUUAAUGGACCUGUACGUUGUAGUCGGGGUGAUGUAAGGUUUGUGAUGGGCUAUGGCCAGAGUAACCGUUCCCUUUAAGUCAGAGCCCAUCUUUUACUUACCUUGAUGGGGUUUAACAGGAGAAAGGGGGUUCUUUCCUUCCACAAAGACCCCCCAGCCCUCUUCACUGUCAGCACAGCACUGGUGCAACUGCCAGGCUCCGAGGUGAAGCCAUGAGAGCAGCAGCACUCGGACCACAGCGCCCUAUUUCUGGAGGAAGGGAAGGAAAAAAUUCCAUUGGAUGAGCUGUUGUGCCCAAAGGGCAAACCCGUGUCUGCAUCAGACUGAUGAGCACAGUUAGCACAGUGCUGGUUGUAGCCUGCUGUUGCCAAACAUGUCUGGGAAAGGGUUGCUCAUGCUACAGGCAUGAAGGGCUUAAAACAGAAGCCAAGUGAGAAAGAUCCAACCUCUUUAUUCAGAGUGGGGCAGUUGUGUCAGCUGUGUCAGGGGGGUUCACCACUAACUCCCUCCCUCUCAGCAGCAGUAAAAGCUUGUGUGGCUUUGCCUU